CUGAACCAGGAAGAACAGUGCCUUCGGUGAUGCUGACACAUAUUAUAAAAUGAUAAUCAAUUUAUUUUGGAUUCUAAUGAAUAAAGAGUGCAAGGACUAAGACUACAGCUAUUUGAACAGGUACAUGUGACAGCGCCGCAGCUAUGAGUGGAAUUUUAAAGAGGAAGUUUGAAGAAGUUGACGGCUCCUCACCCUGCUCCUCUGUGCGGGAAUCAGAUGAUGAAGUUUCCAGCAGUGAAAGUGCUGACAGUGGGGACAGUGUCAAUCCAUCCACUUCUAAUCAUUUUCCCCCCUCCUCCAUCCUCAAAAGAGAGAAGCGGCUAAGGACAAAGAAUGUGCAUUUCAGUUGUGUCACCGUGUACUACUUCACCAGGAGGCAAGGUUUCACGAGUGUGCCCAGUCAAGGGGGCAGCACCCUGGGCAUGUCCAGCCGCCAUAACAGCGUGCGCCAGUACACUCUUGGUGAAUUUGCAAGAGAGCAAGAGAGGCUCCACCGGGAGAUGUUGAGAGAACACCUCAGGGAGGAAAAACUGAACUCUUUAAAACUAAAGAUGACCAAGAAUGGCACAGUGGAAUCUGAAGAAGCUAGCACCCUUACCGUGGAUGACAUUUCGGAUGAUGAUAUUGAUUUAGACAACACCGAGGUAGACGAGUACUUCUUCCUGCAACCCCUGCCGACGAAGAAAAGGAGAGCGCUGCUGCGGGCCUCUGGGGUGAAGAAGAUUGACGUCGAAGAAAAGCAUGAGCUGCGCGCCAUCCGCCUGUCGAGGGAGGACUGUGGCUGCGACUGCCGAGUGUUCUGUGAUCCAGAAACGUGUACCUGCAGCCUGGCGGGCAUCAAGUGUCAGGUGGAUCGAAUGUCUUUCCCGUGCGGCUGCACUAAAGAAGGAUGUAGUAACACAGCAGGUAGGAUCGAAUUUAAUCCUAUCCGUGUCCGGACUCACUUUUUGCACACGAUAAUGAAACUUGAACUGGAGAAGAGCCGGGAGCAGCAGAUCCCGGCGCUGAACGGCUGCCACGCGGAGGUGAGCGCGCACGGCAGCGCCGUGGGCCCCGUGGCGCACUCGGUGGAGUAUUCCAUCGCGGACAAUUUCGAGAUCGAAGCCGAGCCGCAGGCCGCCGUGCUGCACCUGCAGUCCGCCGAGGAGCUGGACUGCCAAGGAGAGGAGGAGGAGGAGGAGGAAGAGGAGGAGGAGGAAGAGGAGGAGGAGGAGGAGGAGGACGGCAGCAGCUUCUGCAGCGGGGUCACCGACUCGAGCACCCAGAGCCUGGCGCCCAGUGAGUCGGAGGAGGAGGAGGAGGACGAGGACGAGGACGAGGAGGAGGACGAGGACGAGGACGACGACGACAAAGGGGACAGCUUCGUGGACGGCUUGGGCGCGCACGCCGAGGUCGUGCCUCUGCCGUCGGUCCUGUGCUACUCCGACGGCGGCGCGGUGCACGAGGGCCCGGCCAAGGGCGCGUCCUUCUACGCCAGCUCCUCCACCCUCUACUACCAAAUAGACAGCCACGUCCCGGGGCCGCCCGGCCCGGCCGCCGACGGCUACUCCGCCCGGGAGCCCGGGAAGGCCGGGGCCCUCUCGCUGGUGCCUUACAGCAUGACGCCCGAGCAGUUCGCCGACUACGCCCGGCAGGCCGAGGAGGCCUACGGGCCCCCCCACUACCCGGCCGCCAGCCCCUCGGUCAUCGUGUGCUGCUCGUCGGCCGACGACGGCGGCGUGCCCUGCACCAGCCUGUACCCCGACCGCAGGCCCAGCCACCCACAGGUGGAAUUCCACUCGUACUUGAAGGGGCCCCCCCCGGAAGGGUUCGUGUCCCCGUUGCACGGGGACGGCCACCUCCCCGAGCACCCCGCGGAGAAGCCUUUGAGUCUGGCCGACAAGAGCAGACUGCACGACGAGUGCAUCACGUCCCCCGUGGUGGAGACGGUCCCGGUGUAG